AUGUUCUGGUGGAUUGGAGUGUACGCGGUGUUCUUGUGGUGCUACAAUGGAUUUCUGGAGUCCUUGCUGGGAAUCAUUUGGGGUUCGCUGAAGAACCUACUUAAGCGGGAGCGUUUUCCGGAAAGAUACGGAAAAUGGGCCGUCGUCACUGGUUCGUCGGACGGCAUUGGCCGACAGUACGCCGAUCAACUUGCCCAAAAGGGCAUGAACAUCUUGCUCAUUUCGAGAACUGAACACAAGCUGAUCGCAGUAGCCGCUGAAAUCGAACGCAAGUACGGUGUCCAAACCAAGUGGCUUGCCGUUGACUUUUCAAAAGGGCUCGAAAUCUACAAACCCUUGCGCGAGCAGCUUGCUUCGAUCGAGGUCGGCAUGCUGGUUAACAACGUGGGUCAUCUACCGCCACCGUCGCAGAAGUUUGAGGAAAACUCCGACCACGACAUAAAUUCCGUCAUUCGGUUAAAUGUUGUCGCGACCACCAUGAUGACCCGGAUCGUCCUUCCGGGAAUGUUACGCCGCCGCAAGGGGAUCAUCAUCAACGUUUCGUCCAGCUCGGGGUACCAUCCGGUGCCGGGUAUGGCCAUCUAUGCCGCGUCCAAGGUCUACACGACCAGCUUUGGGCUGGGUUUGGCGCAUGAACUGCGAGGAACGGGCGUCGAGUGUCAAACCGUAACACCUUUUUUGGUUAGUACCAGCAUGUCCCAGGAGUUUACGAAGAAUCUGUCACCGUUGACGGCGGUUCUCGAUGUAAAGCGGUACGUGAAGGCGGCCGUUUGUACCAUUGGGAAAACUGCUUACACAUGUGGGCACUGGAUGAAUACUUUGCAGUUAACUUCAUUGAGCCCUCAAGCCCUAACCAGGCAACAGGCCUCCCAGUUUAAUCUUGCCACAGUCUUAUCUUCCCCAAAAAGGAAGCAACCAUCCUUCAACCUGAUGGCCCACGGGUGA